UAUCAAGCCGAGUCAGGGCCAGAUACGAAUUCUCUUGUGAAUGUGCACUCAAGUAUAAUCCAGAUUGAACUUCACCUCUAGCCAUCAUGGGAUCUGAGCUAGCAGAGCUGAAGGAGCAGGUUGCUCUUCUCCGAAAUGAGGUCUCGCGCAUCUCAGACGAAGCUGAAGUGCGAAAAACUCACUUCAAAUAUGGCUACUACCUUGACAAGUGCCUAUAUAAUGAGGUUGUGGACAUGUACGCGGAUCAUCCAGACACUUAUGUGGAAUUCCUUGGGUCGCGAUAUAGAGGAAAAGAAGGCGUCAAAAGACUCUAUAAUGGUCGUUUUCAGCAGAGCUUUGUUAAUGGCCGUAACGGACCAGUCCACGGUUUUCUGCUAGAUCACAUUAUGAUGCAAGAUAUUGUCGAUGUUGACCCUAGCGGAACACACGCCUGGUGCAGAAUGCGAGCUCUGAUGCAGGCCGGAACGCAUCAAUCUGUCAAGGAGACUCAUCCACGCGGACAUGUCCAAUGGUGGGAAGGCGGCCUAUACGAGAACGAAUAUAUCAAAGAGAACGGUGUCUGGAAAUUGUUCCGAUAUCGAUACUUCCCAUUCUGGCAUGCUGAACAUGAGAAGGGCUGGUCUCUGACCAAAGAGAACUAUAUUCCAUGGCCCACCAAGACCUAUCCAGAGGACCCCUUAGGUCCUGACGAGAUCAUCGAACAGAAGAUGCUCUGGCCUGACACACGCGUGGUGCCCUUCCACUACCCACAUCCGGUGACGGGAAAGAAGACGGAGGAUGACGAUCUUCGCGCGCCGCACUUUGGUAAGGACGCAAGUACAUCCGAGGCACCGCUCACUCUGGCACUACCGGAGGGACAGACUCGGCCUGGAGCGGGGAAGACCUGGACGAGCGAGGGCUCAAUGAGGGUUCUGCCUGCUCUAGUUCAGAACCCAUAGUGCUGGGUUAUAAUAUAUAGCCUAAAGGGGGAUAGGGGGCUGUCUGGAAUCUGGGGUAAAGAGUCUCUACAUAUAAUCGACCCCACUUCCCCAACGCCGAGAUCCAUGGUAGACACGAGCCUAUAGUUACGUACGCGAAGCUGUUCUAUUUAAACGUAUUCUCAUA